AUCAGUCAUCCACUGUUGUUGCAGAAGGAUACCGCCAUUGUUUGCUGAGACACAUCCCACUAUGGCUGAUCAAGUUCCCGAGCGCGAUCCUACCACCUUCUCCAACUACUGGCAAAUCGCGACUGAACAUAUCGACUUCAGCUGGUCUGUCGACUUCCAGAAGCGCGUUAUCACAGGCUCAGCAGUCCAUAAGCUGAAAGUGAAGGAUGACGGGGUCAAGGAAGUGAUCUUCGACGUGUUGGCGCUCGAUGUGCAUUCGGUCGAAGUGAACGAGAACCCAACUACGGAGGCGAAGGAACCUUGCUUAGUGUUAAGCUCUCAACUUGACGCCCUUUCACUGCAGUAUGAAAUCAAGCAUAAUGACAAAGUGAUGGGAUCUGCGCUGCACAUUCCACUGUCAGUCCCGGCUGUUGGCUCCGUCGUCGAGGUGAAGAUUGCGUACUCAACAACCAAGGAUUGCACUGCACUGCAAUGGCUUGAGAAAGAACAAACUCAGGGCAAGAAGUUCCCAUUCCUCUUCAGCCAGUGUCAACCCAUCCAUGCUAGGUCUCUGGCCCCUGUCCAAGAUACGCCGUCCGUCAAGCUGACCUACACAGCGGAAGUCAGAUCAGUCUUACCCAUCCUCAUGUCUGCGAUCCGCCAAAGUCCGCCCUCUGAGUCAACGCACGAUGGGAUCGGCGAGAAGGAGAUCGCAUAUACAUACAGCCAGCUUGUACCCAUACCCUCCUACCUCAUCGCGAUCGCAGCUGGCGACGUCGUUUAUCGUCCGUUCUCCCCACCGGACGCUGCCAAGUGGACAUCGGGAGUAUGGGCGGAGACUGAACUCGUGGAGGAUGCACAUGAAGAAUUCAGCGAGGCCACCGUGCAGUUCCUGACCGCCGCCGAGAAUUAUCUGGGCGAAUAUCGGUUCCAUGUAUACGAUCUCCUCGUGCUGCCUCCUUCGUUCCCCUACGGAGGCAUGGAAAACCCUUGUCUGACCUUUCUCACUCCAACGCUCAUCGCUGGAGACAAGUCACUCACUGGUACCGUGAUACACGAGCUAUCCCAUUCCUGGUUCGGAAACGGCAUCACACAUGCUCAUGCAUCGCACUUUUGGCUCAAUGAGGGCUGGACUACAUUCACCGAGCGGCUUCUUCAACAGCUAAUCCUCUCACCUGCCGCUCGUGGCUUGUCAGCGGUGAUAGGAUACAAGAGUCUUCUCGCCGCCCUCCAGCAGUUUGAGGAUACGGGUAGAUCCAAGUACCAGCGAUUGGUUAUCCCGUUCGAGACAGGAGAGGAUCCCGACACUGCCUACGGCCGCGUUCCGUAUGAAAAGGGCUCAAACAUGCUCUACUACCUGGAGCAUCUCCUCGGCGGUUUGGCCGUUUUCUUGCCGUACAUGCGCAAUUACCUCGACGCAUACAUGGGAAAGAGCAUAACCACGUACGAAUGGAAGGACCACUUGUAUGCUUACUUCCGGGAACGCGAUCCUUCGAAGGUAUCCCUACUUGAUUCUGUUGAUUGGGAUGCCUGGUUCUAUGGCGAAGGUCUCACCAUACCCGUUCAGAACGAGUUCGACACAUCCUUGGCGAAGGACGCUUUUGAUCUCGCAGACCGAUGGGACGUUGCCCGUUCAGUGCACGACCUCUCACUGUUGGCGUUCGAGCCGAACGAUGUCAAGUCGUUCGCCGCUGGUCAAACCAUGGUGUUCCUCGAGCGACUAGAAUCGUACCCCGCCCUUCCCUCCGCACACCUCUUCCACUUUGACAAUCUAUACCAGUUCUCAACCACCACGAGUCCCGAGCUCCGCCUCCGCUUUUACCUACUCGUGACUCUGGAUCCAACAUCAGAGGCGGCGAAGCACUUCGCUCCCGAUGCCGCAAAAUGGGUCGUUGGGAAUGACGGGACGGGCGUGAUCAAGGGCCGCAUGAAGUUCUGCCGGCCGGUAUUCCGGCAGAUCUACAAGGUGGAUCAGAAGCUUGCGGUGGACACGUUCGAGCCCGCAAAGGACCAGUUCCAUCCUAUUGCUAGGAGACUUAUUGCGAUGGAUCUGAAUCUGUCCGAGUAAGGACGACUGACGACCUACAUUGGACAGUGGGCAGUCGGAUCUGUUCGAAUUUCUAGGUGUAGCCGUGUUAUAUUGGAUUUACUGGGUAAACGAGUGUGUGCGGUUACUCUUUAA